AUGGGCAGACGGACCAACUGGUCGGGACACUGGGACGCGGAGCGGCCAGACACAGCGGCCGCGGGACGAAGAAGGACGCGCGGACAGAGCGCAGGGGUCAGGCCGCCGGCCCAGGAGUUGCCCGCCCAGGGCCCCGGCCCGUGCCCAGCCCCGCUGGGAGCCCUGGCCGGCACCACGGACGGCGCCCAGGAAGCCCGCGUGCCCCUGGACGGGGCCUUCUGGAUCCCCAGGCCCCCGGCCGGGUCGCCCAAGGGCUGCUUCGCCUGCGUGUCCAAGCCCCCCGCCCUGCAGGCGCCCGCGGCCCCGGCCCCGGAGCCCUCGGCCUCUCCCCCGAUGGCGCCCACGCUGUUCCCCGUGGAGUCCAAGAGCGGCAAGGCGGACAGCGUGCGGGGGGCCGGCGCGCCCCAGGUCUGCAAGCACCUGGCGGAGAAGAAGACGAUGACCAACCCCACCACGGUCGUCGAGGUGUACCCCGACACCAGCGAGGUGAACGACUACUACCUGUGGUCCAUCUUCAACUUCGUCUACCUCAACUUCUGCUGCCUGGGCUUCAUCGCCCUGGCCUACUCCCUCAAAGUCCGGGACAAGAAGCUGCUGAACGACCUGAACGGCGCCGUGGAGGACGCCAAGACCGCCCGGCUGUUCAACAUCACCAGCUCCGCGCUGGCCGCCUCCUGCAUCGUCCUCGUCUUCAUCUUCCUGCGGUACCCGCUCACCGACUACUGAGGCGGCCGCCUGCGGACGCCGGAGCGCCGGAAGGGCUCUCUCAGGACCGAGGAUGCCGCGGUGGGGGCAGAGUGGGCGUCCGCCCUGGGCCCGGAAGCCGUGAGCGGGCAGCCAGGCUGGCGAGGUUCCGCCCUGUCGAGGGCAGCGAGCUGCGUGCAGGCCCCUCGCCGCCUGGCCCUCCCCCUGCUUCCGGCCCCUGGUUCCUCCUGGGCUGCUGCCCCCUGGCUUCCAGUGGCUGCGCCCCAACCCCGUGCGCCCCCACCCGGGUCCCUGGGUCCCUCCAACCUGACACCCAGAAAGAAGGGCUCUGAGGGAGCUUCCCCGUGUGGGGGCUGCUGGCAUCUGGGGACUCCCUCCACCCUCCCGACCCAGUCUCCAAGCUGCGACCCUGUGACCCUGCUCAGAGCUCCUGUGUCUGUGAAUUUUCAAUAAA